CGUCGUCACUGCGCAAUGCGCACCAUCAUGGAGGCCUUGCGCCGGGUGUGGCUCCACCGCUUUGAAUCUUUCUCAGAGCUUCCGACCCCGAGCCGCUGGGCGUUGUUCUUGGCCCUUGUCGUCUUCCACCGUGACACUGACACCAUACUCAGGUAUCCGUAUUUGAUAGGCACUGUGGCCCCCAGUCUUACAACCGACAAUGACCCAACAUCUGUUCGGCCUUACAUCGUCGCCUUCGACGUCCAUCCCUUCCUUGACAUCCUCAACGCGACGGAAACGACGGCUCCUCUCCGCUUCGCUACAGCAGCCCCUGGACAGGGUAAACGUGCUGGGCGACGAUCGUCACGGGCAUACGGGAUGCGUGAAUGCGCUGUCUUGGGCGAAGGACGGGGAACUGUUGAUCUCCGGCGGCGAUGACACUACGGUGAGGACGUCCGAAGACUAUCCGUUCAAAUGCGAGACCGUAAUAUACACCGGGCACCGGGGCAACAUCUUCAACGCGCACAUGUUGCCACACUCUACGCGAAUAGCGACCGUGGCGGCGGACCGGCAGUACUCCGGCGAAACGGAGUACACGAGCAGCCAGGCGAACGUGAAGGCGCUGCGGUGCCACAGUGGCAGGGUGAAGCGAAUCGUCACGGAGGAGAGCCCAGAUAUGUUCCUAACAGUCGGAGAGGAUGGGACAGUGAGGCAACACGACCUGCGCGUCCCGCAUAUCUGCGCAUCUGGAAACUGUCCUGCGCCGCUUGUCAGGUUGAGCCACCAACUGAACACGAUCGCUCUGUCCCCGCUCACUCCGUACCAAUUCGUGGUUGCUGGUGAGUCCCAGUACGGAUAUCUGUUCGACAGACGACAUGCGGGACGAAUAAUGAAGGAGGAAUGGGGCAUGCUGCCCGACUCAGAUGACGUUACGACGUGUGUGAGGCGGUUUGGGCGGGCGGCGCGGGGACCGGGCGAGUCGAAAGGCUACGAGCACAUCACUGGAGCCAAGAUGUCAUGUACGAACGGUCACGAGGCUGAUCACGGACGCACAGCGUACAGCUCGGAUGCCGUCUACUUGUAUCGACGCACGAUGAUCCGGCUCCGAGUCUUGGGUAGCGGAGGCUCUGUGUGCCAUCGAAUCAACGUCUCUGGCAAUCGGCACACUCGUCUCCGUCCGAAGCAUGAAGGCGAAGACGAAGACGAAGAGGGCGAGGAAGGCGAUGAUGAUGACAACCACGCCAGAGCAAACAAUUUCCCAAUGGCAUCGACUUCGGAGGUCCCGAUCGUGUAUCCUCGUGCUCGAUUUACUGGUGCAUGCAAUGUCGAGACUGUGAAGGACGUGAACUUCCUUGGUCCGCAAGAUGAAUACGUUGCGUCAGGCUCGGACGACGGCAACCUGUUCAUCUGGCGUAAGGCCACUGGUCAGCUGCAUGACAUCCUGGAAGGAGACGGCAGCGUCGUGAAUGUCAUUGAAGGACACCCACAUCUGCCUCUUGUCGCCGUAAGCGGCAUCGACACUACGGUCAAGCUGUUUGGUCCUGCUCGCGGUUCUAGCGGGUUUUCGAGACUGAUGAAUGCCGAGAACAUCAUGAAGCGCAAUUCCGAAGCUCAGUCAAGACGUGUCAACUUUGCGGGUCUCUUCCUGCAAUAUCAGUUGGCUAGGCAUGCGAGCGGUGAGACCCAGAGGCCGGGGACUGACUGCCCUGUACAAUGAGAUCGGUGCCCCGUUGCAUGUAUGUUUUCGUUCGCUGUCGGGGUUUCUAAUUAGUGUACACUUACAUAUCGUAGUUUGGCCGGAGCUUCUCCUUUUAUGAAUACCGUCUGCUGUACGAUACCGGAAGCGAUUAAGUUUGUGGGCCGAGACUCAGUGCUAGAAGUAUUGGACGCUACUGCAGUAUAUGGCGACGUGAUCAGAAAGUAGUCCGACCACUGCGGUGGCCGCCACACGUAGCGGUGGCAACACGUAUACACACUUAGACUACAAUCUACUGAGC